UUGUCCGGGCACCCCGCAUGGGCACACACCACACAUGUCGAGUUGAUUUCACCACUCAGUAUUGUCAAGGCUGAUACUGGGGGCUUGAGAGACCUGUGGAACUUAUUUUUAAGUAGUAAUGAAGCGCUAGACAAUUCUUGUGUCUCUAAGAUUAUAUCCAACCUUGGGAGGGCCACCAGAAUUGCAUGCUGCAAGGGACAAGAGCCAAAUUUGCCCUCGAAUACUUUAGGACUGUCAGGCUCAAAAAUCACAUUUAUUGAGCACUUGCUAUGUGCCAGACAUUGAUCUCAGGUUUGCAGAAUGGCUCACAGUUUUCAAUGAAUUGGGGAGCAAGAAAGAUUUACUGCGCAUGUUAAAAAUAGGAAUAUUCAUUCAAAUGUUUUUAAACCAAUUUUGGAUUAUUUAUGUUUUAACCAAUUGCUUUGACAUCCUGUAGACAGAUAAAGCAGGAUGGUACUGUCCAUCCUGGCAGAUAUUUAAUUGUCCAAGUCUUCUUUGGAACAGUUAAUAGUGGCCAUCAGUUUCAUGAGUGCAUUGGUUUAUUUACUCUUUUAUUACUUGCAGGAGUGAAGGGCAACCAACUCCUCAUCCUUAACCGUUUUGUGUUUGGAGACCAGAGGCUAUUCAUCAGUUCUGGGAGUAUACCCAGGGGGCCCUUCCUCCUUUCUUGAUAAGAUAAGCAGGUUUAUCCUGUCCCAGAGUGGCUCUUUCAGCUACACUGUAUCCAUCCGUCUAUGCGGCAGUUGAGGGCAACCUUCCAUCUCUCACAAAGUCACCUCUAACUCGCGCAGCUCCUAGACCAAAAGCAGAGCAGCUUGAUUGCUCAAGUGAGGAAAAGUGCUUGCUCAUCGCCGGACACGAGGAAGUUUGCUGUUUCUGGCGUGGACACCGACUGUGAGGCACAGCAGCAACAGUGCUUCUCCUCUGCUCCCCCGGAACGCAAACCGCCUCCGGGCAAUCCUCGCCUCGGCGUCUCUAAAGGACACAGACAAAACCUGGACUGGAAAACUUGUAACCGCUCUACCGCACUCAUCACCAGCACAGAUGCCUCCUCCGUGUCCACCAUGCUUCAAAUAAAAAGUGAAAAACAAACAAAAAUGUGCUCCCCCACUCAGUGAGGACAGCCGCUCAGCAAGCACGCAGCAAGGACAGGUCGGGGACCUAUCCCACAUGCCGGCACCUUCUACCUACAAGCAAAACCAAGAUCUUCGUGGUAGCUCGGGGAGCGCGGAAACGUUCGCGAGCUCCGUGACGUCCGACAACGCACUUCACGUCCGGGGCCCGGAGCAGCAUCCUCGGCCGCUGCCGCCUGACGGUGUCCGAGCUCCGGGCCGCCGGGCCAAAGGCGCCGAGUCGGCAGAGUCGUCAGGGGCGGGCCCUCUCCGAGCCGCGUCCGUGUCCGCCCGCCCGGCCCCGCGCCCCCGGGACCCGCUCCGUGGGGUCGCCCCUCCCCCCCCGGCGGCGUCUCCAGGUCCCCACCGCGUCCCCGGGUCCUCAGACCCACUCCGACUUUCUGGGCCGGGCGCCGGGUAG